AUGAAGAGGCAAUUAAUACACGUGAGAGCUGUCCGUGCAAUUCCAUUGGUACUGUUUCUCUUGAUGACAAUAAUAUUAAUAGUAUUUAUACUGAGUCGAGAUUUUUCUGAAUGUUUGUUACCAGCAAUGAAACCUGAAGACAUGGAGUUCAAUGCGAGUACUGUCGAUCAAAAUCCAAAAGAAGCAUUUAUUGUUUUUAUAGAUUGUAAACGACCUUACUUGGAAUUACUCGACGUACUUUUCGAUUCUAUCCAUCUAUUUUCUACUCGACCAAUUAUAGCAUGGAGUUUAGAUUUCGAAUUGAAAGUAAAUCGGAAGAAGCACCCUCGGGUUAUUGUAAAAAGCACAGUGCGUAAAAUAUGCGGUCCUUAUUCAAUCUAUUCAUGUAAGUUAUUUGCAAUGGUGCAUAGCGGCGUUCAUUAUGGUGUGCAACUUGAAGCAGACUCGGUGGUUAACUAUAAUAUUGAUGUAUUAUUCGAUGUUCUACAUAAAUGGCCGUAUGAUCUUCCACUUGCUCCAAGACAUCCUAGUGAUGCAAAUAACUAUUGGCAUUUUAUGAAACAAUUUGGUGUUACUAAACGUACGACACCAUACAUACACGGACUCUUUAUAUUUACGUAUAGAGCGCAUCCCUUUCUUCAAAAUGUUCUGAAAUUGAUGCUCAGUGGUCAUUUUAAUGGUGCAAACUACGAUGAAACAGCUAUGAAUGUAAUGCUUUGGAAAGCAACGUCAAAUCAUACCAUGUGUAGAUAUGACACAUAUGGACCUAGUGCGAUAUCUGACUAUGAACAUUCAGAUAGAAAUUGUACGACUUACUGUGAUGCUGCUUAUAUAACGUUCCACGGUCAAAAAAAUGCUCGAAUAUCUAAUGAUAUUUUCAAACGUCUUCAAGCAAAAGUUGGUAGUCCAGUUAUACAAACACGUUCUACAAUUAAACAUAUGCAGGAGAAAGGAGUGACAUGUUGUCAUGAAGAUGGACUUCCAUCAUCAAUUCAUCCUUUAAUUUGCACAUAUGAACAUUAUAGAUCGCCUGCGCGAUCCAGCAUAGUCAUAUUAAAAAAGAAAAAUACAUUACGAAUCCAUUGGCCAAAGUCAGGUAUAGAUUAA